AGGGUCGCGGCGGGAAGCUGGGAGCGUCUGGUCCUCUGUGGCGUCCGGAUCGCGAGCGGAGUCGGCUUGUCCCACCGAGGGCUCCCGGGAGAGGGCAGGGUUCUAGGGAGUUUGUUUUUGUUGGAGGGUGGGUUGGAAGGGAGGAGGAGAAUGGACAAAAUACUGACUGGAAAGUUAAUUGGAGCAUUGCAGAUGCGAAUAGAAUAGUUCCAUAUUAUUCAUUCAUUCGCUCCAUUGAGCUAACGUCAUUUUUGAAUUUUCAACUUUGAAAUCGGCCAGUGUAUUUGGCAGAAUUUGGCCAAAUUCGGGGAUGAGAGUUUGAUCCAAACUAAGUGCAUUUUAAUUAGGGCACGCCGUUCAACCACUGUUUGCAAUGGAAUUUCUGAAGACGUGUAUACUUCGGAGACAUGCCUGUACUGCGGUUUGCUUCUGGAGAAGCCAAGUUGUACAAAAGUCUUCAGCUAGAAAGAUUAGUACUACCUCUUCAAGGAGCACUGUCAUGCCGGCUUGGGUGAUAGAUAAAUAUGGGAAUAAUGAAGUGCUUCGGUUUACUCAGAACAUGAUGAUACCCAUCAUACACUAUCCAAAUGAAGUCAUCAUCAAAGUUCACGCUGCGAGUGUGAAUCCUAUAGAUGUUAAUAUGAGAAGUGGUUAUGGAGCUACAGCUUUAAAUAUGAAACGUGAUCCUUUACAUAUUAGAACCAAAGGAGAAGAGUUUCCCCUGACUCUGGGUCGGGAUGUCUCUGGUGUGGUGAUGGAAUGUGGACUUGAUGUGAGGUACUUCAAGCCUGGAGAUGAGGUCUGGGCUGCGGUUCCUCCCUGGAAACAAGGCACGCUCUCGGAGUUUGUUGUAGUCAGUGGGAAUGAGGUCUCUCACAAGCCCAGAUCUCUCACUCAUACUCAAGCUGCCUCUUUGCCAUAUGUGGCUCUCACAGCCUGGUCUGCCAUAAACAAGGUUGGCGGCCUGAAUGAUAAGAAUUGCACAGGAAAACGUGUUUUAAUCUUGGGCGCUUCAGGUGGAGUUGGUACUUUUGCUAUACAGGUAAUGAAAGCUUGGGAUGCCCACGUGACAGCCGUUUGCUCUCGGGAUGCCAGUGAACUUGUGAGGAAGCUUGGGGCGGAUGAUGUACUUGAUUACAAAUCUGGAAAUAUGGAAGAGCAGUUGAAAUCUUUAAAACCGUUUGAUUUUAUCCUUGAUAAUGUUGGCGGAUCCACCGAAACGUGGGCUCUGAGUUUUCUCAAGAAAUGGUCAGGAGCCACAUACGUGACUUUGGUGACUCCUUUCCUCCUGAACAUGGACCGAUUGGGCAUAGCAGAUGGCAUGUUGCAGACAGGCGUCACCGUGGGCUCUAAGACAUUAAAGCAUUUCUGGCAAGGAGUCCAUUAUCGCUGGGCCUUUUUUAUGGCCAGUGGUCCAUAUCUAGAUGACAUCGCACAACUGGUGGAUGCAGGAAAGGAGGAAAGAAAUGAACUACCAUCAAACAGUUUGGCCCAUAGCUCUACAUAGUGCUUCCUGGGGUUGGAGCCCCAUCAUCAGAGGCCCCUGCCCUCCAGAAGUCCACCGCACGGUAGCGCUUGGCCUGAUAGCCGCUCCAGGCUGUCCGUGUGCUUACCUUCGCUCUUUUGUAUUCAAAAUAUUGUGAUUCUCUUUCUCUCUACCUGGAAAUUGUUGUUUACACAACAGAGAAGAGAGGAGACUUGUGUAUAUGU